AACGUUUUUACCCAUCAAGACGGCUUCGAUUUUGAUAUAUCCGGGUAAUCGGAAGUGCGCAUGUGUAUUUACGUUCAAAAUGCGUGUCAGUUCAGAUGCGAUUUUAACCUGUUAGAAAAAAAGAAAGUAGGGAAAGUGAUCGUAAAAUAAUGGCGGAAUUCCAUCUCGAUUUGAAUAAUUCCUUAGAUAUGCGUAUAGCUGAAUUUAAAAACGAUCCCGAAAAAAUAAAAGUCGUCAAUGAAUUCUUGAACGAAAUAUUCGAGAAGGCGCAAAAAGAAGCCGAAAAAAAGACUGGUAAACAAAAAGGAAAAUUGGACGCGUUAGGAUUCCAAAAUGGGUCUAAAAAAAUUGGAGUUUGGUCUAACAGAGCGAGAACUUCGGCGAGAUCUUUCGCUUCUAGAAUAUUCACGACUAUAUGCAAUUGCACGAAUUCGGUUAAAACUACGUUCAUUUCUAAAAAUAACGGCAAUAAUUGAUAAAAAAAUAAUACGUUUCUAAUGUAUUGAAACCCUCUUCAGGUUUUUCAUUCUUCAAAUACGAAAAUACGACGUUUCGGUUUUACUCCCUCGAUAAAAAUGUGAAUUUUUUAAGCAAUAAUUGAUGAAUGAAGAUGAAAAAAAUUGAACGAGGGUUGUUUUUAGUAAAAAAAAAUGGUUUUCCUUUGAUGUCCUUCCAAAUGUAACCCAAGCAAAUAUUUAAAAAUGUGUGGUGAAAAAAAAAUGUUUAUCAGACUUUUGUUUAAAAGAUUUUGAUUGAACUCGUAUAUUUACGAUUUCUGUAUUAUUUAAAUGCGAUUAUACUAUCAGGGUAUAUAUAAAAACGUAUUUAAGUAACUAUAUUUAAUCAAUAAUUGAUGUGACAAUCAUAAGAAAUUUCUAAAAAACAAUUUAAUCCAGUUCAAACUGAUAUUUAUCGACUUUUUCGAACGUAUUGUGUGAAAAAAUGUAUCAUUUUUUCGAUUUUAUUAAACCAAGGGUGUCUACUUAUAUUUUAUUGGCGAAAUAAAUAUUAAAUAAUAUACAAAAUUAGUUGAUUUGUCUAUAUGUUUUGAUAUAAUUAUAUUGCCUCAUUUAUACCAAUAGUUAGGACGAUGCCAAUUUUUUUAUAAAGAAAAUGAUUCUUUAAGUAGGUGCCUUUGAAAUUUAAAUUCAAAAUUUCCAUUAUUUUGAUCUUCAUUAAUUUUUAAAUGGUAACAAGUAUUCGAAUUCAUAUUUUCUUUCUCUGAAUCCCCGUAUCUCAGUUACAACAACAUUAAGGAUAUUACCAAUUUUUUUAUGAAUAAAAUGAUUCUUAAUGUAAGUUACUGUGAAAUUUGAACUCAAUAUUUCAAAUAAUUUCGUCAGUAUGAAUUUGUAAAAGAUUACAUAUUUUCAGACUCAAAUUUUUAUACUUUGAACCCCCGUAUAUCGGUUACAGCAACAUUUAGGACAUUGUUAAUUUUUUUAUGAAUAGAAUGAUCCUUAAUGUAAGUUACUGUAAAAUUUGAAUUCAAUAUUUCAAAUAAUUUGGUCAGAUGUUUUCAGAUUAAAUUUUCAUACUUUAAGCCCCCGUAUCUCAUUUAUACCAACAUUUACGACAUCAUCGAUUUUUUUCUGAUAAAAUGAUCUUAUAAAAACAUUCCUUUGAAAUAUUAUCCCGAAAUUUUCAUUAUUUUUAUCUAUAUGAAUUUUUAAAUGAAUCAAAUCCUGUAAUCAUCAAUUCAAUUACCUACAGGGAACAGUAAAAAAUAGGAGAGAACUUAUAAGAAAAGUAGACACUCUGGUUAAAUACUUAUUAUGAGAAUUUUAAUAAAAACUUACCCAAAAAUUAAAUUAUUUAUUUAACUAUCCGUGUCACAUUGAAAUAACAAGUGAUAUCUUCUGAUUUAUAAGUCACUAUUUUCGAUUCGUAAGGGGGAUACAUAUUAUAUACCACACCUUCCCUUAAAUCGAUAUUUACACUUUUGUUAAUCAAUAUUAACACCAAAUUCAAAUUUUCACCACUACCCUCGUAUAAUUCGUCACAUUCGACAACUAAGUUCCCGUAUUCAUCACGAAUUUUAAUCACUUUGAAUUUAACAACGUUUUUAACGAUAUCACACGAUUUUUUCACGUAAAGUUCGUGUUUCCAUAUAGAAAGUCGUGUUUUUUGUAAAUCCAAAGUUUUUUUCAACAAAAACGCCAAACCUUUCUUUUUAUAUCGUUUCUUUUUAAUACAGGGUUGAUAAUAUAAACUACCACUCGAACCACUGUCGUUUUUCGUAGUCGUGCUACCGGAAUCUGUUGUUUUAAAUUCGGGCGAUUCACUGUCUAUUAUUUGGGUUAAUGAUGGACAUUCCUUCGAUUUUUUAAAUUUCGAUCUUAUUUCUUCUAUUUUACGUUUACUACCUAUAAUAGGAGACGAUUCCUCGACGUUUACUCUGUUAAUUAUAGGAGACUUAUCGGGACUGCUGAAUGAAACUUUGUCUUCUUCGUUUAUAUCCGAUAUAAAUAAUUCCUCGUUGUCACUAUCAGAACUACUCCAGGAUAUAUAUUCCUGGCUACUUUUAGGUUCUUCGUGUAUUUUAUUUAGCCAACGUUUCUUAUCAACCAUUUUAUAACAAAUUUUUAUAAAUAUUUGUAUUAUAACCUCAAAUUGAAGUUUAAAUUUUCUUCUUUUUUAUUCAUAUUUUAUAAAGUAAUUCUACAUCAAACCAUAGAGUUAAUACUAUUAAUAGUAAUUCUGUGUUAAUACAUUAAACGUCCUAUACAGAAAGUGAGAUUUUCUUCUUUUUUUAUAUAUAUAUUUAUUAACGGUAAUGUAAAGGGUAUUUUACACUGAAAUCAAUUUAAUUAAAAAGUUUAUUUUCUUGUAAAUACGGAUGUAAAUGUUGAUAAGAAUGUGCUAUACCGCAAUUGUAGAAAUUAAUCAUUUCAGUAUAAGCGAGAUGAUGUUGCGUUUCGGUUUUUAUGUUACCGUUUUCAGUUUUUACGCUCGAUUGGUAUUUUAUGGUGUUUUCUGAGUGUCCUCCGUACGCCAUGUUGAAGAGAGCUUCCGGGUCGCAAACAAAUUUAUAGACGUACCUUUCGCCUGUAAAAAUAAAUGAUAUACAACAAAAAAAAUAAACAAAUGAGUAGAAACUUACCUGCUACUUUUUGCAUGAUUCCUUUUUCGUAGUAGUAUCUCAAAGAUCGGCUGAGUUUAUCGUAAUUCAUGGCGGGGCGGUUUUUUUGAGCACCCCAACGUCGUGCUACCUACAACAUGAAAUUAUUUUUCGAUGUACGAUUUUCAAAUAUAUUGUGAUUAUGUAAAAAAUUGUAAUAUAAUUAUUACUUCUUCGGGC